AUGUCCACCGCCAUUCCCGAAACCAUGCAUGCCAUCAUGCUCCGCAACCCCGGUCCUCCCUCCUCUCUCCAAAUCGAAACGAUUCCCACUCCCACCCCCCAACCUGGCCAAGUACUAAUAAAAGUUCGGGCGUUCGGUCUUAACCGCUCGGAACUUUUUACAAGACAGGGUCACUCACCUAUCUCGGAGGUUUCCCUCCCUAGAGUUUUGGGUAUUGAAUGUGUUGGCACUGUUGCUGCUGUAGAGGGAGAUGGUGUAGGGAAAGAUGGUUUGAAGGUUGGAGAUAAAGUGGCUACAUGUGUGGGUGGAAUGGGCCGUGCUUUUGAUGGUGGUUAUGCGGAGUUUUGUGUUGUUCCCAGGGGACAAGUCGUCAGGAUUGGCGUUGAAGCGGGGUUGGAGGAGUUGGGAUGGGAUGUUUGGGGUGCUUUACCAGAGAUGAUUCAGACUUCUUGGGGCUCUCUCUUCUCCUCCCUCAAACUCAAGAAGGACGACUCUCUCCUUAUCCGUGGCGGAACUUCCUCGAUCGGCCUCGCAGCCGCAGCACUAGCAUCUCACCACGGCGCAAUUGUCACAUGCACCACUCGACAACCAUCUCGCACCCAACUUCUUCUCAAUGCAGGUGCCCAUCACGUUAUCAUCGAUCCACCAUCCGGUCUCAUAUCUCCUACCACCGAUAUCCGCUUCGACAAAAUCCUCGAACUAGUAGGUCCCACCACCCUGGGUGAUUCUUUCAAGCUGUUGAAAGCUGGAGGUAUCAUAUGUCAAGCGGGUAUUUGUGGCGGCAAAUGGAUUAUGGAAAAUUGGAAUUCUUUUGCGGUGGGCGCGGGAUAUUUCACAUCGGCUGCGAGAGAUUCAGGAGGCGCAUAG